AUGAGUUGGCAAGUGAACAUCAACUCCCAUGGCAACAAGGGCAACUUCAGCGUGCAUUCUGCGGUGGUGCCAAGGAAGGCUGUGGGGAGUGUGGCCUCUUACCAUACUGCUGGCCAAGGGGCUAGGGUUGGCUUCAGCAGCCAGAGCCUCUAUAGUCUUGGAGGGAAUCGGCUUAUUUCCUCCAAUGUGGCAGACAGCGGUGUUUGGGCUAGAGGACGCAGCUUUGAGCAUGGCUCUGGUUAUGGAGGCAGCCAGGCCAGAGGCUUUGCUGGAAGCAUGUUUGGCGGUAUGACCUUGGGACCUGCGUGUCUAUCUGUGUGCCCACCUAGAGGCAUCCACCAGGUCACUAUUAACAAGAAUCUUCUGGCUCCCCUCAAUGUGGAGCUGGAUCCUGAGAUCCAGAAAGUGCGUGCCCAAGAGCGGGAGCAGAUCAAGGCUCUGAAUGACAAGUUUGCUUCCUUCAUCGACAAGGUGCGUUUCCUGGAGCAGCAGAACCAGGUGCUACAGACCAAAUGGGAGUUGUUGCAGCAGCUGGACCUGAACAACUGCAGGAAGAAUUUGGAGCCCAUUUAUGAGGGUCACAUCAGUGGCCUGAGGAAGCAGCUGGAGAUGCUGUCUGGUGACAGGGUGAAGCUGGAUUCAGAACUAAGGAGCAUGAGGGAUGUGGUGGAGGACUACAAGAAGAGAUAUGAAGUAGAGAUCAAUCAGCGCACAGCAGCAGAGAAUGAAUUUGUGGUGCUCAAGAAGGAUGCAGAUGUAGCCUACACGGCCAAGGUGGAGCUUCAGGCCAAGGUGGACUCUCUGGACAAAGACAUAAAGUUCCUCAAGUGUCUGUACGAUGUGGAGAUCACCCAGCUCCAGACUCAUGCUAGUGACACCUCUGUCAUCCUGUCCAUGGACAAUAACCGGGACCUGGACCUGGACAGCAUCAUCGCUGAGGUCCGUGCCCACUAUGAGGACAUCGCCCGGAAGAGCAAGACUGAGGCUGAGGCCCUGUACCAGACCAAGAUUCAGGAGCUGCAGCUAGCGGCUGGCCGCCAUGGGGAUGAUCUCAAACACACCAGGAACGAGAUGUCAGAGUUGAACCGGUUCAUCCAGAGGAUCCGCUGUGACAUCAUCAGUGUGAGGAAGCAGUGCUCCAACCUGGAGACAGCCAUUUCCGAUGCUGAGGAACGAGGAGACAGUGCCCUAAAGGAUGCCCAGGCCAAGCUAGAUGAGCUCGAAGGUGCCCUGCACCAGGCCAAGGAGGAGCUGGCCCGGAUGAUGCAGGAGUACCAGGAGCUCAUGAGCCUGAAGCUGGCCCUGGACAUGGAGAUCGCCACCUACCGCAAGCUGCUGGAGGGCGAGGAGUGCAGGAUGUCUGGUGAGAAUCCGUCCUCUGUGAGCAUCUCCAUCAUCAGCAGCAGUGGCUAUGGCUACCACCCCAGCUCGGUGAGCCCUGACCUUGGGGUCAGCAGUGCAGCCAUCAACCUUGGCAGCUCCCGAAGUGGCCAGACCAAGACCCAAGGGGCACAAGCUGGAGACCUCAGGGACUCUCAGGACAAGAGUGCCCCAGGCAGUGCCCCAGCCAGGAAGACCACCUGCUAA